ACACCACCGCUAAGAGAACCAAACGACAGGCCAUACCCCCUGUUCAGCCCAUUAAAAAGGGACAACAUAUCAAUAUACCAGUGUCAGGGCCGAGUAGUAUAAAGCUGACCCGACGUCCCCGUGAGAAAGGUGUGGCCAGUUUUCGUAACGACAAGACUAUGGCCAUCGCCGCCAAUCGGGUGCUGUUGGGAACGGCAGUCGGCUUACUGUCACCGCUACCCAAAUCCACGCACACUCUCAUCAAAACCAUUGCUAACAUUGAUAUCAACACAAACCACGGCAUACCUGACGGACAGAUCGACCCCUUAUUAGCGGUCACUCUAUCGGAUCUGUUGGGCAUUGACGCGGGCUCUGGGCUCACGAUACCGGCCGGGGAUGUGCUGUUUGGUGCUGAGGGCCACUGGAACUCAACGGCCUGUCAGACCAGUUAUAAGCUGAUGAGUAACGGCACUCUCGCCACUCUGGCUGAGCUCAGGGGUGGACUCGACGGCUGGAAUAUUGGCCGC